AUGAAGCCUGUACAUACUGACAUUUCAGCCCCUAUAGGAAAACAGCUGCAGGUUCUGAUUUUGAUAGAAUUCAAAGACAAAAUGGAGAAUAAAACAAUGGAAACUUUAUGCAACCUGACCAGUCCGGAUUAUAACCAAACCAACUGCACUACUCCAACGUGGAUGUUCUACCCCGACUUCUACAUCUGGCUACCGGUUAUUUACUCAGUCAUCUGCGCCGUGGGACUCACGGGCAACACCGCUGUCAUUUACGUGAUUUUGAAGGCGCCUAAAAUGAAAACCGUCACCAACUUAUUCAUUUUGAAUUUGGCCAUCGCCGACGACCUUUUCACGUUGGUGUUGCCCAUCAAUAUCGCCGAGCACCUGUUAAACUACUGGCCGUUUGGAGAGAUUUUAUGCAAAGUGAUCCUGUCCAUAGACCACUACAACAUCUUCUCCAGCAUCUUCUUCUUGACUGUGAUGAGUGUGGACCGCUAUCUGGUCGUGGUGUCCACGUUGCGCUCCAAACGGAUGCCCCACCGGACCUAUAGGUUAGCCAAGACGGUCAGCCUGAGCGUUUGGGUUCUAGUCAUUCUCAUCGUGAUGCCCUUCACCUUUUUCGCCGGUAUUUACGUGAGUCCCGACGACGCGGAGAGCCGGAAGAGCUGCGUUUUGAGUUUCCCGAGCCCUGAGAGUUUCUGGUUCAAAGCCAGUCGGAUCUACACGCUGGUCCUCGGGUUUGUCAUCCCCGUAUCGACCAUUUGCAUCCUCUAUAGCGUGAUGCUCUACAAGCUGAGACGCACGCGACUCAACUCCAACGGCAAGGCUCUGGAUAAAGCCAAGAAGCGAGUCACAAUGAUGGUCUUCAUCGUGCUUGCCGUUUGCUUGUUCUGUUGGACACCCUUCCACCUGAGUACAGUGGUCGCCCUCACCUCAGACUUGCCCACCACCCCGCUGGUUAUAGGUAUCUCUUAUUUUAUCACGGGACUGAGUUAUGCCAACUCGUGUCUCAAUCCGUUCCUUUACGCGUUCUUAGACGACAGUUUAAGAAAGGCGUUUAAGAAAAUGCUGGAGUGCUGAUUCCUCUUUUGUAAGCUCACAAAUCCAUCAAUGAGGUCCAAGUACCCAUAGUAACUGUGCUGUUUUAAAUCAAAAGUCAAAACCCACUUUUUAAAAGUCACUUUAAAACAGUUAACUGGACUCAUAAAGUAGCUUAUCUUCUCACUGUAAAGUGUUUUCGUCAUUGUCCAGUUUCAACAUUAUUUUACCUUAUCAGUAAUUAAAUUUGAAGUGGUGCAGAAAAGUAGGCUUGGGAAAAGUUACUUUCAAAAGUAAUGCAUUACAAUAUUGCGUUACUCUCUAAAAAGUAACGAAUUGCGUGACUUUUUAUGAAAAGUAAUGCGUUACGUUACUUUUGCAUUACUUUUUCUCACCUGGGCAGGGCUAGCUUGUUUUGUUUUGUUUUAAAUAAAAACAACAAAAAAGUUCUGUUUUUGGCAAAUGUUAAGGCCCUUUCACACCAAAUAAAGCAAUAAGCUUUAUUGAAAGCGGCAUUACAUCGUGAAAGUGCAGGACUCAGGCCCUGUCCCAAAUGGCACCCUAAACCCUCACAGUCUUCCUCUGAGUUCUCACUACUCAUGACGUAAUGCCGCUUUGACUGCCGGGUAAAGUCCUCUGCGUAGCUCAUGUGCUGUGUUUGAAAUCGCCCCCUAUACCCUCAUUCACUAUUCCCUACAUUAGUCCACUAAUAUAGUCCACUUGAAGGAGUGAAUGAAACGAGUGAGUGAAUUCGGACACUGAGUGCACCGGAAGGGCUGCCGAUUUCGCAUAGUUUGUGCUACUGUUUAAUAAUCUUUUGAAAUGUAGCAAACUGGCAGCUCCAGUAGUAAUGAAUAUUUAUGUUGAACUAGCAUGUUCAAACCUUUUAAACGAUUUAAUGAUUAAUUAAAAAGGAAUUUAUACCUGUAUGAUAAUGCUGGACCAGCGCGGUUUGGAAAAUGAAUGGAUGACUGAUUCAGCUGCGGGCGCCAUCUCCUGGCGAGACGCGGGAAUUCAUUCAGCGCGCGACUCUCACAGUGCAUUAUGGGUAUUCUCUAGCCAUUGGGCGUGCAUCGGUUGUACACUCGUUAUUGCGGUGCAUUGUGGGAUUGAAUGAGUGCACUCAACAUCGUCCACUAUGGUUUCGGACACCACUACAAAUGGCUGUCCCCUCAAAUAGUGCCCUAUGUAAGGGUAUAGGGGGUGAUUUCGAACACAGCCACAGUCUUGCGGGCUCAGCAGAAGUGCGCAUAGCAACUGCAAAGGGGGCGCUCACGAGCACCCUUCUUUAAGCUUAAAUGACGAAUGGGACACCUUGCGGUCUUGUGGACUUAAUGGACACACGCACGCAGCGGCCAUUGUAAGUCCACAAGACCGAAAGUGCACAUGAAGUGCGCCAUUUGGGACAGGGCCAUAGGAACCGGAGCUUCUAACGGCCGCUGCAGUGACGCGAUGACUUUUCCAAUCGGCGAUUGGCUCUUAUUUAGAAGGCGGGACUUAUUCCGCCAUAUUGCGCGUUGCACUUUCUCCCAUUCAAAACAAUACAAAUGAUGCGUCUUGUGUUAUUCUAUAGUAUUUGAUAGGACACAGGAGAAGGAAGUUCAACACUCUUAUUUCUAAAUCUAAUACAAAGUAAUUUUUGCUUAUUAAUAUGGUUGAAUUGGAUCACUGAAGGUCAGCAGCAAAGACAUUGGUUGAUAAAGUGAGAUUAGUAUAUACAUAGGCCUAAAGUAUAUUUGUGUAAUUUAAUAUAUUUAAUUAUUACAAGUUUGCGUAAAAUUCUGAGAUUGCAUUUCACGGUUUUUAUUCAUUCUGAGGAAUACUGAAUGUUUUCGUGCGAGUGAGAUGAGUAAAUGCAUGUUCACAUUUAUUCUAGAACUACAGUAACAUCAUGUUUACACACAGCGCACACAACAACUCCUUUAUUUCUCUCAACAUGGUGACAGGAGAUCUGUCAGUCAAUAAAUGUGAAAAAGUAACUUGCGAUACUUAUUUGAAAAAGUAACUUGGAUAUUUUGUUGUAAAUUGAAAAAGUAAUGCGUUACUUUACUAGUUACUUGAAAAAAGUAAUCUGAUUACGUAACUCAAGUUACUUGUAAUGCUACUAAUGAACAUUCUGUAUGUGUGUGUGACUUUGGAACCACUUUGAUUUUAGCACUUAAUUUGCCUAUUUUAAUGUUGUUUUUUAACAAUAUGCUACGAGUUUAAUUAACACAAAUUUGUAAAACUUGUCUUGAAGUGAAAAUAAAUAUGUACAUUACAUGAGUAAACUAAUAUG